ACAUGCGAGAUCGCGGAGCGGCUGCACUGCGCGGUCGCAUUCCGCCCCGACUUCCCCUCCAGCGGCCCGGCGCUUUGAGAUGAGGACAAGAUGUCGGUUUCGGGGCUGAAGGCCGAACUGAAGUUUCUGGUGUCCAUUUUUGACCCAAACCACGAGCGAUUCAGAAUAAUAGACUGGAAACCCGACGAGCUGAGCUGCCAGUUCAACGUGACGGGCGAGAAGCUGCUGAUCAUCCACUGCAACAUCACGGAAUCUUAUCCUUCAACACCACCGAUAUGGUUUGUUGACUCCGAUGAUCCUAGUCUGGCUGAAGUUUUGGAGCGCUUGGAGGAUGUGAGAAAAGGCAGCACAUUGCUUCUUCAGCAGUUGAAGCGCCUCAUUUGUGAUCUCUGUCGACUUUACAACCUCCCACAACAUCCAGAUGUAGAAAUGCUGGACCAGCAGCUACAUGCUGGCCCGAUUACCCAAGAGCGUAAGCAUGGGCCAUCGGAUGAGGUGACAUCUGAAGAGGAAGAGGAAGAAGAGGAAGAAAUGGGAGAGCAGGACAUAGACCUGGACCAAGACUUGAACCAUUACGACAUGAAAGAGGAGGAGCCAGCUGAAGGCAAAAAAUCAGAAGAUGACGGAAUAGAAAAGGAAAAUCUGGCCAUCUUGGAGAAAAUACGUAAAAACCAGAGGCAAGACCACUUGAAUGGUGCAGUCUCGGGCUCAGUGCAAGCUUCAGAUCGCCUAAUGAAGGAACUCAGGGAGAUCUACAGGUCGCAGAGUUAUAAGACGGGUAUUUAUUCGGUCGAACUAGUCAAUGACAGCCUUUAUGAGUGGCAUGUCAAGUUAAGGACGGUAGACCCAGACAGUCCGUUACAUAGUGACUUGCAAGUUUUAAAAGAAAAAGAAGGAGUGGACUACAUUCUGCUCAAUUUCUCUUAUAAAGAUAAUUUUCCUUUUGACCCACCUUUUGUACGGGUUGUCUCGCCUGUGCUCUCUGGAGGUUACGUUCUAGGAGGCGGAGCCUUGUGCAUGGAGCUUCUCACUAAGCAGGGAUGGAGCAGUGCCUAUUCCAUAGAAUCUGUCAUUAUGCAGAUAAAUGCAACUCUGGUCAAAGGCAAAGCCAGGGUGCAGUUUGGAGCCAAUAAGAACCAGUACAAUCUUGCCAGAGCACAACAGUCGUACAAAUCCCUGGUCCAGAUCCACGAAAAGAACGGCUGGUACACACCACCCAAGGAGGACGGAUAAGGAGCCGCCGCCGCGAUGCACAAGGAACAUGUCUUUGGGUCAUCUCGUUUUCUUUGGAAUAUUUUCCCUCUCUGACUUACUGGGAACGUCAUCUUUCUCACUGAAACCAUCUCGUUGGCUCAUCUGACAAGUCUUCUUUUGCUCUGCUCCAGGAAAGACUCGACUCUGGUUUCACUUCUCCCCUCUGCGUGAGCGAGGAGUCGCCGCUGAGGCCGUCACUUGUCCUGUUUUCUAAAUAUGCUCAUGUCUUUUGGAAAACAAAAGAGAAAAAAAAGACUUUUCCUCCCGUUUAGUUUGGGGAAACGCUUUUUCUUUUGCUGCUUUGACCAAGUGGGCCGCAGUCAAUUCCCCCUCUUUGAAGGGGACUUUAGGAUUCAUACCGAAGCUCUUCGAGCGGCCCCUCAACGCACCCGUUUUUUUAAUUGACUCAGAGUUUGGCUGUUUUUUUUUUUUUGUUUUUUUUUUUCCCCUCUUUUGAAAAUUAACAGGUACAUAGAUGCAAUUAUUGUUUUAGACAUCUUGUUUGGCCAUUGUUUUUGUUAUUUCAGCAUCUUAGACAAUAAAGGAGCCAAUUACUUAUGUUGGAUUUUAUCUUAAAAUUGAGAUUAUCUACUACUUUGUGUCAUUUAGCUCGUACUUUUUAAAACGUGUAAAGAACAUUUGGCCACAGAAUCAAAAUGCUGCAGUGUUGAUGGAUAAAGAUCAGCUGAUCAACAAAUCAGGCUGUGGUCAAUUAGAAAUCUCUGCUUACAGUAUAUCAAGGCAAGACAUGUUUCUCACCAGAACACAAGUGCUGUGACAUUUUGGAUUUUCUAAAAGGCCUAAUGUUGAAGUUUAAGGGCUCUUUUUUUGCCUUAUUUCUUUUAAUGGCCCUGCAAGUGCUGUUGGUCUUUCUGUUGAUUCUAGCUUAGAGGUUGAUGGUUUGAUGCUGACGGUGAAGCCUUUUGUGCAAAGUUAUCAGCAUGUUGUACAGGAGCCUCAUCUCAAGCACUGUUAAUAUUUAAAAAUAAUCAUUAAAAAAAUGAAUUUGGCCACUGCAGAAGUGCUGGGAUCUACAGAGGAAAUAAAGCUAGGUUGUACGAA